GAGGCGCCGGGCGCGCGCACCGCCGGGGGCGGGGGCGCGGGCGCGCGGGCCGGCGUCUCCAGCUGCGGCGGCAGCUAUGGCGGCGGCGGCCUCGCAGCGGGACCCGGGGGAUUGGCAAGACUUCUCGGGCUUCCAGCCCUCCGCGGGGAGCGGUUCCGAGGCCGUCCGCGACAAAGGUGGCUGGGGCGGUGGGGAUCUGGGGGCGAAGUUGUCCCUCUGCUUCGAGCCCCCGCAGGCCCGGGCUGGCGGCGGCGGCGAGAGCCGCGUUCCGCUGCGGCCCCUCACGGAGCAGAGCGCCCUGCAGGACGACGAGAUUUGGAAUGCUUUGACUGAUAAUUAUGGUAACGUAAUGCCAGUUGACUGGAAAUCUUCCCACACCAGAGCUUUGCACUUGCCAACACUGAAUCUUUCAGAAAAAGGGGUAAAUGAUAACUUGAACCUUGACCUGUCAGAUGACGAAGAGCUGAGGGAACAGUUGGAUAUGCAUUCUAUCAUUGUUUCCUGCAUCAAUGAUGAACCACUCUUCACAGCAGAGCAGGUGAUUGAAGAAAUAGAGGAAAUGAUGCAGGAAUCACCUGAUCCAGAAGAUGAUGAAACACCCACCCAGUCAGAUCGGCUCUCCAUACUUUCCCAGGAAAUUCAAACACUCAAGAGAUCCAGUACGAACAACAGCUAUGAAGAGAGAGUAAAAAGAUUGUCUGUUGCUGAGUUAAAUGAACUGCUAGAAGAAAUUGAGACUGCUAUUAAGGAUUAUUCUGAGGAACUGGUACAGCAGUUGGCUCUACGAGAUGAGUUGGAGUUUGAGAAGGAAGUGAAAAACAGCUUCAUUUCUGUCCUCAUCGAAGUACAAAACAAACAGAGAGAACACAAAGAAACGGCAAAGAAGAAAAAGAAGCUGAAAAACGGUAGUCCUCAGAAUGGUAAACAAGAAAGAGGUCAUAUGCCUGGAACACGCUUCAGCAUGGAAGGGAUCUCAAAUGUCAUACAGAAUGGCUUCCGCCACACGUUUGGAAACUCAGGUGGAGAGAAACAGUACUUAACAACUGUGAUUCCUUAUGAGAAGAAAAAUGGACCCCCAUCUGUUGAAGAUCUUCAAACAUUAACCAAAAUCCUGCAUGCCAUGAAAGAGGAUAGCGAGAAAGUGCCAAGCUUGUUAACAGACUAUAUUUUAAAGGCACUGGUUUGAAAGCUGGAUUGCUCUGAGUUCUGUGUCCUACAUGAAGAGGGCUGUCUUUCAGAAUUAGCCAUGCUCCUUCCUGUGAUGAGAAGCUUUCCAUGGAUAUAACUCAUAGUAUUUUUUCAUUUGGCACUAUACCUAAAUCAGUAUGCAUUUACCUCCUCUGUGUGUGCGUGGAUUUUCUGAUCCUACAGUAAGUCUUCUUGGCAUGACAACUCAUCCAUUUUAACUUAAUAGUGCAAUGAACUGGAGCAGGGAACAAACAGUGUACAGUUUUACUCACAUUGUUCUGGCUUUUUAAAGUCUAUUUUUACAUUGUAUAGCAUGUAGUAAAUCCUCCUGCACAUUUUGUUGUUGGAAGGAAAAGUAAACUUUGAAUAGUGUAAAUAAAAUAAGCCUAGUUUUAAGGAAUACAUAUUUAAAAGCAUCCUUAGUUCCUAGAGCAAAGAUGCAAAAAGGAUCAUCGUCAGGCUUGGACUAUAAGAUUCGAGUUCUCCAGGAAACACUCCAGAACAGUGUUGGUGGAAGUCAGCAUUUGACACUUCUUUUAAAAUAGUAACUUUGAUUGAACUAUACAACAGUAUCAGUCAUACAGUGAACAAAUCCAGAUUCCUUGAUGGUUUGGCAUAAGUAAUUGCUGUGUUACCUAUCCUUUUUAUUUAACACAAACAUCUGAGUAAUGUAAUAUUUCAUAUUUGGUUUUAUUUUAAUUAUUAAUGUUCAGGUGGCUUAGAUAUUCUCCCAUAUUGCUGCUAUAAUUUUACUGGUUUUAAUAAGUGUUUGAUCUUAAUGAAAAUGCUUCAAUAUAUAAACAUUUUAAAUGGCUAUCUCUUUUUAAAAAUACAUGUACAGUUUGAAAAACUUGCACCUGGGUUCCAAGUUAGUAUUAUAUUGAGACGUUCAUUGUUGUGUAUCUCUAAAUUUUACUACAAAUCUCUCUUGUAAAUUGUAUGCACUGUCUCGUCUGUGAUGAUGUAUCUGCAUUCAAACAGAUGAGAAUGUAUUUUAAAAAGCCUGUAAAAGAAACGCACCCCAUAAUCUCAACAUUAAAUACUUGUCACAAAUAAUUUUGCCAGUCUUAAAGAUUAGAUUGAAAUAUAAGAAGUACUUAAUAAAAAUAAAGGAACUAUUAUCUAGGAUGAAUUCCUAUUGAUUCUACACCCAGAUUUAUAUACUGUAUAUGUGAAGGCACUGGAAGAUAGGUUCUAAAGAGAUAAACAUGUCUUUUCUUCAACCAUUUUUUUCCAUUUAAAGUCUUCAAUCUUUUUGUUAGUUGAAGAGAAAUUUGCUCCUGAAUACCUUGUGUCACUUCUUUAAGACUCAAUUUUAUCAUUGUCAUUUGAUCAGUAAAACACAUUUAGUUUGAAAAUAGUUCUCAUUAUGCUUUCUCUUUUUUUUUUCUAAAGGCCUCAAUAUUUUUGUCUUUUGUGCCUUUUUCAGUUGGUAAAGUUUUCAGCUUAAAAUUCCUUCAUCCCCCCUCUCCCCCACUAGACCACCAAUGGAUACCUGCCAGCUUGCUCAGGAAUAAAUUGAUCCUCUGCAUAAGUGUGUCAUAGGUGAGGAAGGGUUUUUUUGUUGCUUUAUUCUACUUCAUUUGUGGUUUCUUUUAACAAGGAAGCUGCCAUUUAUUUCUUUAGUUGAUGUGUUACGAACUUACUAUGGCAUGCUUUUUCUGUAGAAAUGCUUGAUGUUGACUGUUGAUGUUUGGAAAUUGGCAAAGGGGAUGACCCUGCUUUGCUUCACUUUUUUAAAAAAGAUGCACAUGCUGUGAAACACACCAUGUCUCCAAAUGAGAUCUAUUCAGAGAUGUUUCAACCUACUUUAGAGGCUUGAGGUGACAAGAUGGAACAAAAAAGAAGAAAAUUAAAGGAAGAAUUUAUUAAAAAAAGAAAAAAAACAAAACCAAAAAACAACCUUCUGACAAAGUUUGUGAUGUUAGUUGUAGCAAAUCUUGGAUGACUUAGUCACAAAAUACUAAAGGCAGUAAAACUUGAAAGAAAACCCAACACUAAAGACCAGAAACAGCUUUAGUGAGCUAAGCACUUCAUUAUGAAAAGUACCUGUUUACCUUGUAUGUAGUAUUCUGGCAUUAAAAAAACAGCUGCCAAAGGUGGCAAGUGUUAUAUAUAUAUACCUAUAUAUGUACAUAAAAAAAUAGAUCUCAAAAGAUUUGAAUAAAAAGAACCAUGCAAAUCUGC